GUGAGCGGAACCCUGAACAUGGACCGGGUGCUGGCGAACCAGGUGUGGACCUUUACGCAAACUGAGGAGCAGCUGUACUGCACCGUCUACAGCCCAGGCAGAGGUCCCAAAGGUAGGCCCAUGCCCGAAGAGCUGAAAACGGUUCAUCGGUACUUCCAACUGGAUGUCAGCCUGGCACAGCUCUACCAUCACUGGAGUUCUGUGGAUCCCCGCUUCCAAAAGAUGUGCGCCUCCUGGGACAGUAUCCAGUUGAAUGAAUGCCUUUUCUCCUUUAUCUGCUCUUCCAACAGUAACAUCGCCCAUAUCACUGGCAAAGUCGAGCGACUCUGCCAGACCUUUAGGCCACAGCUCUGUCAGCUGGACCAUGACUACCAUGGCUUUCCCACCCUGCAGGACCUGUCAGGGCUUUCGGUGGAAGCUCAGCUCAGGAAGAUGGACCUUGGAUACCGCACCACUUGUGUGAGCACCAGCGCCCACGUCAUCCUGCAGGACCACGGUGGGCUGUCCUGGCUGCAGCAGCUAUGCCAAGCACCCUACGAGGAGACCCACAAGGCCCUGUGCACCCUGCCCGGGGUGGACAUCAAGAGGUCAGGAGAUCCGGAGACAUCUAGUGAUGUCUCCGAGGAGGCGGCCUCGGUUGGAGUCCAGGAGGAGGAGGAGGCAGCCUCCGUUGAAGACCACGAGGAGGAGGACCAGGAGGAGGCCUCGGCUGGAAUCCGCGAGUCGGCCUCGGAUGCAGGUAUUUACCCAAUGGUCUCGUCAUGUGCCAACACACCACUGAUCACCAAACCCGAAAAUCUCCAGGGCUCUUACGUGACCCGCAAUUCUGUCAUGUUACCUGCAAAACCAGAAGUCCCUGGGGUCACGUGA